CUGCAGUGUGCUACACAAGCUCACCUCUUUACCACAUGCACUCACUGUACUCUGGACCUAUGAACACACACACACAAACACACACACACACGCACAGUUUCAAGAGCUCAAACAUGGAGUGAACCAGCUUCAUUUGUUUGGAGACUGAAGGACUGGACAGUAACCAGAGAUGAGUGAAGCGGCUCUUCAACCUGUGAUCCAGGCAGGGGACGGGAGGACACUGUCCAGAGCAGAGUUUCUCUCACUACUCAACACCUACAACUGCUUCCUGAAGGACCACAAUCAGCUGCACCUCAGUUUCUUUCAGGAUGUUGAUGGAGAGGUGGUGGUGGAAGGAGUCCUCAAUAUCUCCUGGGGAGUACGGAGGCCCAUCAGGCUGAAAAUACAGGAUGAUAAACAGAUAAUCCCUUUUGCCCCUCUGAUCUCGACCGACCCCAGCAGUCCUGUCAGCCCCAUCGGAGACAAGAGGGGGAUGUCACGAUGGGGAGAAUAUGCUGACCUUCACCAAAUAGAUGAGAUGGCUGAGACGCCACAGGACAGAGUCAUCACCAAACCUUUACCAGGCCCAGCUGUUUAUGAGACGACCACACUGCGCCCCACGAGGCAGAAGAGCUCAGAGAUGGAGGCCGAGUCCAACCUGUUCCGCUGUAUGAGCGACGCCUCAUUGGUCAAGAGGAGGAGGGGAAGAGGGAAAUCAGCAGCACAAAGAGAGAAAGAAAGACAACAUCGCUUCUCUAUUAACGGACACUUCUACAACUAUAAGACAUCUAUCUUCACUCCAUCAUAUGGCACUCCGACUAAAGUUCGUAUCACCAGCAGGAUGACGACGAACCAGGUCAUUGAACAGCUGCUAAACAAGUUCAAGAUAGAGAACGAUCCCCGGGAGUUUUCUCUGUACUGUGUUCACCAGAGUGGAGAGAAGAGGAAGCUCAGCGACAGAGACCAGCCCCUAUGGGAGCGCCUACUACAGGGACCCUCUGAUGACAUCAUGAAGAUCUUUUUGAUCGACAUGGACGAAGAGGAAGUCAGCAAUGAUGUAGCCCAGUAUCUAAACUUGGAGCUUCCCAUCCUGGAGCAGGUUCUGCUGAAACUCAGAGAGGAGGAGAACAGAGAGAUACAGAGAGUCAUUAGCAAGUACCACCACCAGCACAGACUCCUGUCUCGUAUGAUGUCCUGUAAAGUGUCACCUCACAUCGAGACCAGUGUCUGACGACAGCCGAUGUGAGUCACUGACACAGGACCGGACGUUCAUCACAGCACAGCUUUAAUGAUGAUAGAGCUGCACAGAACUCUGCACAUUCUGUUUCACAUCAUCUUCAUGAUUUAAUAAACGAGGUUAACAUUGCAGUAAGUUCAGAUACAUACUGACAAAACAAAUGUUUCUUUUUAGGUCUUACAAACUGGGUCAUUUAUAUAGAUUUUAUUCAUUAUAUGUUUUUCCUUUCAGUUUUUAAUCUGUAAAGUAAGGACAAGAUAAGAGUGUAAGAUGCUGCUGUAAAUAACUGUAAAUCAGUGUUUUGUUUUAAUAAAUAUAACUUGUGGGACCAGCAUGA